AGAAGAGCCUUCGUCUCUCUACCUCUCUAUCACAUUCCUCAACCUACCCACCGCUUGUUUGAUAAAAUUCCUCUCUGAAAAUGUACGUUGUGAAACGAGAUGGGCGGCAAGAGACGGUGCAUUUCGAUAAGAUUACUGCGAGGUUGAAGAAGCUCAGUUAUGGGCUGAGUAUCGACCACUGUGACCCGGUGCUGGUCUCCCAGAAGGUCUGUGCUGGCGUCUACAAGGGCGUCACCACGAGUCAACUCGAUGAGUUGGCUGCGGAAACCGCCGCUGCUAUGACUACUAACCACCCUGAUUACGCUUGCUUGGCUGCGAGAAUUGUUGUUUCGAAUCUACACAAGAAUACUAAGAAAUCCUUUUCGGAAACGAUCAAGGACAUGUAUUACCAUUUCAAUGAGAGAUCUGGACUGAAGGCUCCUCUGAUUGCUGAUGAUGUUUAUGAGAUCAUCAUGCAGAAUGCUGCUCGUUUGGACAGUGAGAUAAUCUAUGAUCGAGAUUUUGACUAUGAUUACUUUGGCUUCAAAACCCUUGAGAGGUCCUACCUCUUGAAGGUCCAAGGGACGGUUGUAGAAAGGCCUCAGCAUAUGUUGAUGAGGGUUGCUGUUGGAAUUCACAAAGAUGAUAUUGAUUCUGUUCUCAAAACAUACCAUUUGAUGUCUCAACGAUGGUUCACCCAUGCGUCUCCCACACUUUUCAAUGCUGGAACACCAAGGCCCCAGUUAAGCAGCUGCUUCUUGAUUUGCAUGAAAGAUGAUAGUAUUGAAGGAAUAUAUGAUACUUUGAAGGAGUGUGCUGUUAUCAGCAAAUCAGCUGGAGGUAUCGGUGUCUCAGUUCAUAAUAUUCGUGCAACAGGCAGCUAUAUUCGUGGCACAAAUGGGACAUCUAAUGGUAUUGUCCCAAUGCUGCGGGUGUUCAAUGAUACUGCUCGUUAUGUUGAUCAAGGAGGUGGCAAGAGAAAGGGUGCUUUUGCUGUGUACUUGGAGCCAUGGCAUGCUGAUAUAUUUGAGUUUCUCGAGCUUCGGAAAAACCAUGGAAAGGAAGAGCACCGUGCUCGAGAUUUAUUUUAUGCUCUUUGGGUUCCAGAUCUCUUUAUGGAAAGAGUCCAAACUAAUGGGCAAUGGUCAUUAUUUUGUCCUAAUGAGGCUCCAGGACUAGCAGAUUGUUGGGGGCCGGAAUUCGAGAGACUUUACACCCACUAUGAAAGAGAGGGGAAGGCAAAGAAAGUUGUUGAGGCUCGGAGCCUCUGGAGUGAGGUGUUGACAUCCCAGAUAGAAACUGGGACCCCCUAUAUGCUUUUUAAGGACACUUGCAACAGAAAAAGCAACCAGCAGAACCUGGGUACCAUAAAAUCUUCAAAUUUGUGUACUGAGAUAAUUGAGUACACAAGUCCAACAGAGACUGCUGUGUGCAACCUGGCAUCUAUUGCUCUACCACGAUAUGUCAGAGAAAAGGGUGUUCCAAUUGAGUCACACCCAUCUAAGCUAGUUGGGAGCAGAGGUUCAAAGAAUAGAUACUUUGACUUCGAAAAAUUAGCAGAGGUUACUGCAGUUGUUACUGAAAAUCUUAACAAAAUUAUUGAUGUUAAUUACUACCCUGUUGAAUCUGCGAAAAGGUCUAAUAUGCGACAUAGACCCAUUGGUAUUGGAGUUCAGGGACUUGCAGAUACCUUCAUCUUGCUUGGAAUGUCAUUUGAGUCGCCAGAGGCGCAACAACUAAACAAGGACAUCUUUGAGACUAUCUACUACCAUGCUUUGAAAGCAUCAUGUGAGAUAGCUGCUAGAGAAGGUCCCUAUGAAACAUAUCAGGGUAGUCCAGUGAGCAAGGGAAUUCUCCAACCUGACAUGUGGGGUGUAACUCCUUCAGAUAGGUGGGACUGGGGAGCUCUUAGGGAUAUGAUAUCAAAGAAUGGAGUGAGAAAUUCACUUCUUGUGGCUCCAAUGCCGACUGCCUCCACAAGCCAGAUUCUCGGAAAUAAUGAGUGCUUCGAGCCAUAUACUUCCAAUAUUUACAGUCGCAGAGUCCUAAGUGGUGAAUUUGUGGUAGUGAACAAACAUCUUCUUCAUGACUUAACCGAGAUGGGUCUUUGGUCUCCUGUUAUCAAGAACCAGAUAAUAUAUGAUGACGGUUCUGUCCAGCAGAUUCCAGAAAUCCCCGAGGAACUGAAAGUGAUUUACAAGAAUGUUUGGGAGAUCAAGCAGAGGACGUUGGUUGAUAUGGCUGUUGAUCGAGGCUGUUACAUAGACCAGAGUCAAAGCCUCAACAUACAUAUGGAGCAGCCCAAUUUUGCAAAGCUAACUUCCCUACACUUCCAUGCGUGGUCAAGGGGUUUGAAGACUGGAAUGUACUAUCUUCGCUCACGUGCUGCAGCCGAUGCUAUCAAGUUCACCGUUGAUACUUCCAUGCUCAAGGAAAACCCUAAGGUGGGGGUAGAAGAUGAUGAUACAAAGAUGGCACAGGUGGUUUGUUCUCUCACAAACCGUGAAGAGUGCAUGGCUUGUGGAAGUUAAAGGAGUGUUAUUAAUAAUAAUGAAAUAGUAGUAGUAUAUUGUGUAUAGUUAUGAUAGCAUUAUGGCUUGUAUUAUGAAAUUGAAUGUCGUGGAAUCCCAAUUGACAUUUAAUUUACAAAUUGAAAUUGGCUUAAUUUCAAUUAUA